AUGGCUUCGUGUGUAACGGAUGUGCUGGACACAGUUGCCACUGCAGAUGAUUCAUUUGAUCCGAUUGCUGCGUCGGCCGCUCAAGCGCAGCUCAAGAAGGUUAAGAAGCAGAAAGUCCUGCUAAUGGGCAAGAGCGGCUCGGGGAAAUCCAGCAUGCGCAGCAUCAUCUUCAGUAACUACCUGGCCCGAGACACACGCAGAUUAGGCGCAACCAUCGAUAUUGACUUGUCCCACGUCAAGUUUCUUGGCAAUUUGACGCUGAAUUUAUGGGACUGCGGCGGCCAGGAAGCUUUUAUGGAAAACUAUCUCUCGCAGCAGCGCGCCCACGUCUUCAGCAACGUCGGCGUGCUCAUCUACGUCUUCGACAUUGAGAGCCGCGACGUCGAGCGCGACCUGGCCACCUAUGUCAACAUCAUCAGCGCCCUGGUGCAAUACUCGCGCGAGGCCAAGAUCUUCGUCCUCAUCCACAAGAUGGACCUGAUCCAGCCCAUGACGCGCGAAGACGUCUUCGAGCACCGCGCGGUGCUUGUCCGGCGCAAGACCUCUGAAGCCGUCGCCAUCGUGCACAAACAAACCCCUUCCGCCAUCAACGCCACCUCCGCCACAAGUACACUCCCAGACUCGGCCCCAAACCUUCAACUCUUUGCGACCUCCAUAUGGGACCAAUCCCUCUACAAAGCCUGGGCGAGCAUCAUCCACGACCUGGUGCCCAACCUCUCCGUGAUCGAGACGCAGCUGGCCAGCCUGGGUCUCGCCAUCGACGCCGACGAGAUCCUCCUCUUUGAGCGAACCUCCUUCCUGGUCGUCUCCAAGUGGACCUCGCGCGAGGGCGAGCGCAAUCCGUACGGCGACCGGUUCGAGCGCAUGAGCAACAUCCUCAAGAGCUGGAAGCACACGUGCUCCAAGUACACGGGCACGCCGCGCAACGCCGAGCAGUUUUCGGAUUUCGAAUACAAGAUGGGCACCACGUUUAGCAUGUUCGCGACGAAGUUCACGACCAACACGUAUAUCCUGGUCUGCAUGCCGCCUGGGGAAGCGAGGUUUAACAGUGCAAAGUUGAAUGUGGCCGCGGCGAGGCCGUGGUUCAAGUUUUUGGAUGGUCCUGUGGUGCCAGCGCAGACGGCUGUUGCGGCUGUGGUAGGGACGCCGGAGAGUUGA